UUCCGAACACCAAACUCCCUAAAAACCAAUCAAAACCCGCCACGUGCCACCUCGAUCUCUGAACCCCCUCUCCCCAACAGGACCCGACUGCUACUUUUAUAAGAAGCAGCGGCGACAGAUGGAGCUUGGAUCGUGGCGAUGCGUGGAAAUCGUUGCAGGAGAAUGAGGAGUUCGUGUUGGAGGAAGCAGCUCUUGAAAAUGGCGGAUCCAACAAAAACCCUAAUCUGGCUCCGAUCUCUUUAGGGUUUGGAGAUUGGCGAAGGCGAUGGCGGAGGUGCCUAAGAUUCUCUACAUCGUGGUCGUGGACGGCGACGGAGGUGGAGGUGGCGAGGAGAGGAAGGAGAGGGCGUCGUUUCGGUACACGCGAUCGCUGUUGCAGAGCACGCUUCAGCUCAUGGGAUGCAAAGCUCGCCAUGCUUUUAAGAUGAGCAGGAGAGUAUUUGAAGUUAUAAGGAUUGAAGUACCGAAGAACGAUGCUUUAAAGUAUGGGGAUUUGGAAAGGACUUCUUUUGGUAAGAGAAAUGAAGUGAGUCGAGAUGUCAGUGUUGCGGAUCGAGAAGGAAAUGUGGAGUCGAGCAAUGUAGUACCUUUUGAAUUGUACAAGAGGCAAACAACUGUAGUUGUUCCGAGAGAGAUCUUCUUGAGGGUUACUUGUGAUGCUCUCUCACAGUAUAAGUAUGUCGGGCCCAAUCAAAGGGCUGACCUCAUUCUUGCAUGCAGAAUUCGGGAAAGGAAGGAAUCUGUGACUGUUCUGUUAUGUGGCACUAGUGGCUGUGGAAAAUCUACUCUGUCAUCUCUGCUGGGAAGCAGAUUGGGCGUGACAACUGUGAUUUCUACCGAUUCUAUACGCCACAUGAUGAGAAGUUUUGCUGAUGAAAAGGAAAAUCCUCUUCUUUGGGCUUCAACAUAUCAUGCUGGAGAAUGCUUAGAUCCCGUGGCAGUCGCAGAAGCGAAGGCUAAACGAAGAGCGAAGAAACUUGCUGGCGUUUCUCAUCCAAUCGUCAAGGAAGAACUUUCUGCUGAAGCUUCAAAUGUAAAUGCUGGUGCCCGAUCCCUAGAACAAGUUUCAGGAACUGAGAAGAUUGGCAAAAAGCAAAUGGCUAUUGAGGGAUUUAAAGCACAGAGUGAGAUGGUUAUUGAUAGCCUUGACCGUUUAAUCACUGCAUGGGAAGAUAGGAAAGAAUCUGUUGUUGUUGAGGGUGUCCACUUAAGCCUUAAUUUUGUGGUGGGUCUCAUGAAGAAGCAUGCUUCAAUAAUACCAUUUAUGGUUUACAUUACCAAUGAAGAGAAACACAUGGAAAGAUUUGCAGUACGUGCAAAAUACAUGACGUUAGAUCCGGCAAAAAAUAAGUACGUUAAGUACAUCCGUAAUAUUAGGACGAUUCAGGAGUAUCUAUCUAACAGAGCUGACAAGCAUCUUGUACCCAAAAUCAAUAACACAAAUGUUGAUCGAAGCGUGGCAGCCAUUCAUGCCACAGUCUUCAGCUGCCUGAGGAGGCGAGAGGCAGGGGAGCUCCUGUAUGAUUCAGCCACAAAUACAGUAUCCGUGGUACAUGAAGAGUAUAGAAACCAAUGCACAGCUAACUCUGUGAGCUCCAAAGGAAUGUUUCAGCUGAUUCAGAGGAAAGGGUCUUCGAGGCAUCUGAUGGCUCUUCUUAAUAUAGAUGGCUCCGUUGCCAAAGCUUGGCCUGUUGAGUCGAAUGAUGGCCACACCAAGUCCACAUCUCGAGGAGGACCUAUGUAUGGUCCUUUACAGAUUGGGAAGGCAGAGCCUGUAAAUCUCCAGUUUGGUAAUUUUGGGAUCAGUGCUUGGCCUAGUGAUAUGUGUGGUACGAGUCAUACAAGUCAUGCUGGAAGUCAUACUGGAAGCUUUGAUGAGUCAAGGGCUGAUGGCACAGAAACGGGGAGUAGAUAUUUUUCUUCAUGUUGCAGUUCCCCAAAGUUUUCAGAUACACCUGCUAAAGAACUUAAGGCAGAUUUAUCAGUAUCAGGCAGUGAAGAGGAAGCUGAUGAUCCACCUGAUGUAGAUAGUGAUGAGGAGGAUAUAAGCGAUGGAGAUGAGAAAGAAAUACAUGAUGAGAUGGAAGGCUCAGUUGAUGAAGACUCCACCAAAUCUGACGAGGAGUACGAUGACUUAGCUAUGCGAGAUGGCCAAGAGUGCGGUGGCUGGUCUGAUGAUGAAGUGGAGCUGGCCAAGGACAGGAAGCUAACAUUAGAAAAGGGAACCACAGUAAACAAUUCAAAGGUGACUGCAAGAAACUCAGAGAAAUACCGACAAAAUCUUGAUCUCUUUCUGAAGUUAAGUCAAGGUUUGGGGGAAGCUUCACGCGCAUACUCUCUGUUUCCAGACAGGAAAGAAAAUAGUUCAGAUGCAAGAGCAAGAACUCGGUCCCUCAGCGAUUACUCGCUAUUUCACAGCCAAUUGCAGGUGGAGACGGGGCCAUUGUUCAGAGGGCCUGUGGUUUCUGCCGCGCUUCUAUGGUAGCUUUCAAGGAGUGUGAAGUAAAGAAGGUUUUUGUAGAGUGAGGCUCUGAUGGACAAAUGCCGUUGUGAGAACUUUCGCUUGCUUGUCAAUGUAAAUGGCUAGCUGAAGUGUUUCAAGUCGAAAAGUUUUGUUGUUGGAUGUGUCUCUUUCUCCACC